AGCUAAAAAAAAAUCAUCGUUUUUUUUUUUUUUUUUUUUGCCAUUUCAGUUGCCAUUUCUGUUUUUGUUCUACCUCUGCCUAUAAAGUACUUGAUCAUUUGAAUUUCAUUCACACAAGACUGUAGCAAAGUCCCUUUACCACCACCUGGAUCUUGUGUAAAAUAAUCAGAUAUGAAGCAAUAUAUGGGUAUUUAUCUCAUGUAUUAUUUAGUCAACUGAAUAUAUUUCUCUACAUGAUGUUCUAUUAUGAGCUCAACAAAAUCUGACUACAGAAACCAUUUACUUUUUUUCUGUUUUUCAUCAAAUCAAAGUAGACUGUAUUUAUAUAUUGCCAGUCAUCAACAGAAAAAUAUAUUUUUUUGUUAAACAAAAUGUAUAUGAAGCAUCUAGGAUCAAUUUUGAUUACUAUAUUUCUGCCUUAUUUUCUAUUUUCUAUAAGGCCUGUACAAAAACAUCUUAGUAUUUUCAUUCAAAAUCUUUUGCCUGUCUCUUGAGUUGUGAACUGCAAUAAAUAAAAAUAAAUUGGCUUCAAUUCUGCUGGAUACCAGCACAUACAGGGAUGCAAGGAAAUGGAAUAGACAAAUGAACAAAAUAUAUCAUUGAAAUAUAAUUAUAAAAUAGAUAUUCUUCUUGGGAAAAUGAAGGUAAAUCACUAAUUAAAAGCAACUUAGACAAAGAGGUAAAAUAAUUGGGGAUAAAGUUAGAGAAUAUUACUAUUAAUAUUACUACUAAUAUAUUAUUUUUGAACUAAUAAAUUAUAAACUAACGUUUCUUUUCUAAAAAUGUUUUCUUACACACAUAAGCUAACUUUGAAAUAGAGAAAUAGUCACUAGGACUGUGUAUUGUAACAAGCGGAAGAAUUCUGCUGUGCUGGCUAAACAGCAUCCUUCUAGAGAUAAAAAAAUAGUUUAUGAAAAUUGUUUUGACCUAUUGAGUAAUCAGUAAAAAAUUUACCCGGUGAUAUUUUUUUGAUGAUCCUGUGAUUCAGUAAUCUAAAUUUAGCUACUCUGCCAGUAAGCAUGGCAGAGGAAGUUGUUUUUCUUAAAUCUGAACCAAUAUUAAGACUGAUGAUUAUGAGUAAUAGAUCAUGGGACUGUGAGAUGUAUCUGAAAUCCUAUAAAACCUGCUGAAUUCUUUGAUUGGAGAGAGAUUCUCUAAGAUUGAUGAGAACUCUUCUGGACGUGAUUUGAUUAAAAGCAUGUAAGGACAACAACUGGAGUCAUUGGUUAUUGAGCAACGCUGCAGAAUAGGCACUAGAGAUUUUCUAUACUCUCAAGUGAUAGUGUUUAGUGGAGGAGCACUAAAGAGCUUAGUAACAGGUGAUAGUGCCCCAAAAGAGGUGGAGACGUCGGCCGACUUGAACAGAAACGCUGAAUUGCCAACAUCACCCUUUCUUGAUCAACACCAGAGACGAAAAUGAGUGGGCCUAACAAAAGCAUUUUGGAUUUUUUUCCGAAAACGCAGACUGACAGCAACAGUGGAGCCAGAAGGGCAUCACAAACUGGUGAUAAUGUACAGGAAAGAAUAAAUCUUACGAGGAAGAAAAAAGGAAAUAAUGGCCGUGUUCCUCUAAAGGAAAGGACAAACAAAUUUUUCAAUGAUGAAGUUAAAGACGGUCCAUCAAAAAACCAUAUGCAGCAGUGUGAUGAAGGGCAAAGCCACACUUUCAAUUUCCGCUACAAAUUCAAGAAACAUGCAGUGGCGUGUGAUACAUCCAAGACUGUGCUUGAUGCUCUUAAUACAAACAAGAUUUUCAAGAAGAUUAAAGAAGACAACAAGGAUAAAGAAAUAGUCAUCAAGAGAUCCAAAGGAGAAGUUCCUAGAGCUGCUGUGAAGGCCGAUUUCCCCUGCUGUCUUAUUGAAAAAGAUGAGCUCCUAGAUAUAUCCUUCAUCAAAAAUACUGGAAAUGUUGAUACAAAGAAAAAAACAACUGGAAGACUUUCAUUCUCCAACGAAUCAGAAAACUUAGUAAUCUUUUACAUUAAAACAAAAGGAGGGGAGAAAGUGAAACGCUUAACGAAAAACAAUGAGCUGAGGAAGAAAGUUGAGGAUGUCUGUGUGUACGCGUUCAAAGAAGACAAACUGAAGGCUGCUCUUCGCCGUGACGGACGAUUCAUAGAUGUCAUAUUCAAGAAACAGUGUGCACUCCGUGAGUUUGGGAGCGAGAUAAACCAUGUAAUGUCAAGCACUGUAGAGCAUCUUGAUCGAAAGCAUUUUGAGAUCAUUGUUAUCAGUGACAAAAACCAGCCAGACAGCCAAGAUGACUUCUUGAGUGACGUCAGCCCUGAAAUGAAUGAAGCUUCAGCCGCUGAUUUGAAAGAAAAUGUUGAUCCUAAACAGCAUCCCAUCAACACUGAACCAGAAGAAACCAAAAAGGGAAACACAAAGAAAUCCAAAAAUACUUCAGCUAAAUACUCUAAAGUAAUUGACUCUGAAGAGAUUCUGGAAAUUCUGCGUUCCCAGUAUAAAGGUUUAUUGGAGACGUUAAAGCAGCGAGAGAACCUAAAGAACAAAUCUCAGGUUCAAACGUUCUUCAGAGCAGAAUAUGACAAAAGUGUUCAGAGUUUCUCUGAGGUGUGUAAAAUAAAGCAGCUUAUGAGACUCGCUGACUCUGUGUGUCAGAUUCGAGUGGAGGGAUCUGCUAGAGGAACCGGCUUCCUACUCUUUGGGCAGUUUAUUCUCACUAACGCACACGUUGUUAGGGAAUUUCUCGAAUCUCCAGACAAGCUUUCUUCUACAAAGUCUUUAGAAGCUGCAUUUGAUUUUGAACGUCUGGACUCAAAAGUGAACCUGGUGCCGGUCAAGAAACAGAUUGCUGCUUACUGUUACAUAACAGAUGCCAGUAAAAGUCAUCUUGACUUUGCUCUUCUUGAACUGGAUGCUGCUGAUGAAAUCACAGGCCGUCCUGAGUUGCUCAGUCAUUUUAGUCCUGGCCCCCUUCCUAGUGGUGGGAUCUGCAUUGUGGGACAUCCUGAUGGUGGGAUCAAGAAAAUAGAUCCCUGCUUCAUCAUUGAGAAAACAAAACUACAAGAGGCUGCAGAUAAACACAUAUCUGAGAAUAUCAAUUUCAUUAAUGUGAUUACACAGAGGAGUUUUGAAGAUAAAUGGGACUUUUAUGAAAACCAGAUUAAUUAUAACUCUUGUUUCUUUCACGGAUCUUCUGGCUCUCCAGUUUUUGAUGAAGACUGCUAUCUGAUUGGUGUGCACACUGGUGGAUAUGUGUACAAAGGAGAAAAGGGUAAAACUAGGAGCAUUGUGGAAUACGCCUAUUCCAUGCAUUCCAUUCUGGAUAUGAUCAGAGCACAGGCUAGGAUAAAAGGUUUGCAUGAGAUUGUCAAUAUCUUAGAGGCCUACAGCGAUAAAAGCUAUGAGUAUGAAACUGCAGAUCAAGAGAAUGAGACCGACAUUGAGAUGGAAGAUUGUGAUUGAAGCCAUCCACAUAUCUCCAUUUCUUUGAGAAAACAUGUCAAGCCUUAAAUUCUCAGAGAAUUUUCAUGUCAUUAUGGGGUUUCACUUUUCAUAUAAUUCUUAGAGAUGAUUGUGUGCUCAAAAACAGAAGUUUUUUUCUUAUUUUUGACAAGUGCUGUCAAGUAAAGCCUGACUUGUGCAAAGAGAGCAGAACAGAGAACAUUAUUCAUUUGGCAGAGACUAAAAUUACAGUUCAUUUUCUUUGCAGUUUCUUUACAUUGUUAUUCAAACAGAUGUGUAUUCAUAUAUCUUUAUAUGCAUUUUUUUUAUAUUAUUUUUACUUUUUAUGUCCGUUGAUGUAUGAUAGUGAUUUUACAUUGAUUUAUCUGAAUGUUUUGUCUUUGUUGUAAGGGAUCAUGUUCAAGCUUUAACAGUAAUCCUCUUUGAAUCACAUAAAUACACCAAAUUCAUUGAUUUGAAAAUCACUGUAAUAAGAGACAACAACACAUGAUCAAAUGUACAUUCAGAAUGACAUCUUUAAAGGUUCAAAUCAGGACACGUACAGCAAAACCCCAGAUCACUGUUCUUACCUACUUGAUGAAUCUACAUGUCAAUUACAACAAAUAAAACCAUUUAAUAUAACAAUUACAGCAUUAAUGUUUAUUUCGCUUUCAUGUAUUUUAGCAUGUAUAUUUGUGUGAUUCAUGUUGUUUUUUCUGCUCAUGUUGGGAAGCUUUUAGGAUAUUAAGUUUGAUGGGU